CAAGCCCCGCCCCCACGUCCAAGCGAUCGGUCGUUUGGGGGCUCAGAGAGUCUGAGUCCAUCCGCUCGUGUUUUCACAUAAACCGUGGCCAACCGGAAGUGGCGCGGCUCUCUUAAUUCCGCACCGAGCCUGGCUCCAAAGGACACCGGACACGUUCAAAGGAUCCAAAGUAGAAACGCAGACCCCCUUCGGAGAGGAGGAAGAGACAAGACUCUCCCAGGACGAGACCAGGCGUCUGCAGGCUCCGCUCCUCCAGGGAUACAGCCUCCUUCCAUCCUGCGGCGUAUCAGCGGUCCUGCCCCCGGCCUAACGGUGCGCAGGCGCAAUUCCCUCCGGACACGGAAGCGGAUCCCGAGGAAAGGCUGACGCGCUCGGAAUAAUCUUACCUGAAGAAUCUAAGAAGAAAAAGAGGAGGAAAGAAAGAGGAAUGGAGCUUUUCCAGGGACUGUUUACAUUCAAGGACGUGGCCGUAGAAUUCACUCAGGAAGAGUGGGAAUGCCUGGAUCCUACUCAGAGGGCCUUGUACAGGGACGUGAUGCUGGAGACCUACAGGAACCUGCUCUCCCUGGGAAGCUAUUCUGCCACAUUUGCAGUCAAGGAAUUAUCAUCCCCAAAAGAGGACAUCAGUAAAGGAGAAUUGUGCCACCUAAUGACAUUAGAGAAAAAUGAAACUUAUGGCAUCAAGGAAUUUGACCUCAAGGAAAUCUGUGAAAAUAUGCAGGAGAGUGAGAGUGGGUGGGGAUGUGAUGCAAGAAACGACAAAGAAGUGCUUUUGAUCCACAACAAAAAUCUCAGUCAGAGAGAAGAUCAGGAUAAUAAAUCCUUAAUUAAUUUUCCUCAGAGUGUUUCUGUAAGAAGUAAUACAUAUGAAUAUUUCACACAUGACAAGCCAUUCAUAAGAAAUUUGUUAACAAUGAAAGAUAACAUAAUCAUCGCUGGAAACAAUGUAAAGCGUUUGGACAGUAGAACUGGAGCAAGGCUGCAGGCACAGGUGGCUGAACUGCAGAGAUUUCCAACUGAGGAGAAAGUGUUUGGAGGCGCUCAACUUGAGAAGUCAGUCAGCAGUGGUUCUUCAGUUUCCCCACUUCAUCAAAUUCCUCCUAGUGUGGAAACCACUGUGUUAUCUGCACAACACAGGAGAACACACACUCGAGAAAAAUCUUACAACUGUAAUGACUGUGGGAAGGCCUUUAGCGAAAAAUCAAACCUGACAAAUCACAAGAGAAUUCACUCUGGACAGAAACCUUACAGAUGUAGUGACUGUGGCAAAGCCUUUAACCACCAGUCCCGCCUUAUAGCACAUCAGAGAGUACAUGCAGAAGAGAAAGCAUAUAAAUGUGAUAUCUGUGGCAAGGUCUUUAGUCGAAAUUCACAUCUUGCAAAUCAUCAGAGGAUGCACACUGGAGAGAAACCUUACAAAUGCAAUGAAUGUGGCAAAGCUUUUACCCAAUUUUCACACCUUAGCAGACAUCAGAAGAUGCAUGCUGGAGAGAAACCACACAAAUGUAAUGAGUGUGGCAAGCAUUUUACCCAGCGUUCAAACCUUAUGGCACACCAGAGAAUUCAUACAGGAGAAAAACCUUUUAAAUGUAAUAAAUGUGAUAAGGCUUUUAUUGAACGGUCACAGCUUUGGGGUCACGAGAGAACUCAUACUGGAGAGAAACUUUACAAAUGUGAUGAGUGUGGAAAAGCCCUUACAAGACAUUCAUAUCUUACGCAACAUAAAACCAUCCACACUGGAGAAAAACCUUACAAAUGUUAUGAGUGUGGCAAAGCUUAUACCCAGUUUGCAAGCCUCACGAGACAUAGGAAAAUCCAUUCAGGAAGGAAACCUUUCAAAUGUACAGAGUGUGGUAAAGGCUUUAUGCGUGGCACUGAUCUUACCCAACAUCAACGAAUCCAUACUGGCCAGAAGCCUUAUAAAUGUAAGGUAUGUGACAAAGCCUUUAACUGUAGCUCAAGUCUUACUAGACAUCAGCGAGUUCACACUGAAGAGAAGCCUUAUAAAUGUACACAGUGUGGCAAAGCCUUUAAACAGAACUCAAGUCUUAAUCAUCAUCGCCGAAUCCAUACCGGAGAGAAACCUUAUAAAUGUAAGGAAUGUGGCAAAGCCUUUACCCAAAGUUCAAGCCUUACUCAACAUCAGCGAAUUCAUACUGGAGAGAAACCUUAUACAUGUAAAGAAUGUGGCAAAGCCUUUCGUCAGAGCUCAAGUUUUCAUAAACAUCAGAGAAUUCAUACUGAAAAGAAACCUUACAAGUGA